GUUGUAGAUUGUUGCACUGCACGUAAUCUUUAAUCUUUAUUUACAAUUUCUCAGUAACAUAAUUAAGUGUUAUUCAUAUUAAAUUCGUGCCGGUUUAUAAAUUAUGUAAAUAUUUAUUGAGAGGUAAUUAAAAAAUUAGAAAAAAACAAAGUCAGUUGCCAUGUGAGGUGUUUGUCAGUGAAAGUAAAAAUGUUGUGUACUAUUACAAUAUUUGUGUGAACUGGUUAGAAAUUGACCAUAACAAUGGUUCCUGCACCGAGCUGCCCAUACUCAUGGGAUUAUUGGAUGUCCACGCCUUCGGACUACGUGGAGCUGACAUGUCUUAUGCCAAAUUCUAUAUACCUAGCAGUGACUGUUAGUUGGGAUUCAACUCUUCAAGAUGUUAAGGAGGAGUUAUGGGACCUGGCAGGGAAGCAACCUUUGUUCGGGAUGCUUCAUGAGAUGUCGGGAUAUGUUUUCCAAUUCAUCAAUUCUUUAGCAGUUCCCGAGGAAGUGGAUGAUGAGAACAAGAGGGUUCGUGAUAUACGGCCAGUGUUUGGAGUGCUUAUGAUCAUUGAGCGUUCCAUAGAAGGGCCCGGGGAACAAUUGUUAAACACACAUAUCAGUCAUUUGAUCGGAAAAGGUUUGAAUGAAUUUGAUAGACUAAGAAGUUCAGAGGUCAACGACUUUAGGAUGAGAAUGAGGUAUUUGGCCGAGGAGAGUUUAUUGAAGCGUGCCCAGAGCACGAGACUGGAGAGGUUGAAGUACCACUGUCCGCCGAGAUUGGCGGACAAUCCUACAGUGCCACUGACAUUAACCAGCCACCUCAACAAUAACUGCUUCAUACUUGUAACUAAAGUAGCAAACACAGAGAUAUCCUUCACGUCCAACGUACCAGUGACCUUGACCCCACAACAACACAUCGAGACGGUCAUGAGGAAGAAAGCCAAUUCGCUUAACAUGCGCGGAGAGCAUCCUAGGAAUUACGUGCUGAAGGUGUGCGGACGCGAGGAAUACUUGUUGGGGGACGAUCCCCUCAUACAGUUCCUGUACAUCCAGGAGACGCUGGCGAGGGACGGGGUGCCGCAAGUCAUGACAGUCAGCAUAGAUAAGAUACCAUUGGUCGGUUGCGAUUUUCAACAUUACUCGCUGCCGGAAAGAAGAAGGCUAACAUCAGAACAGUCGAAUACUAUACGGAAGAAGAAAAACAACGAGUCUUCUUGGAAGAUAGAGAAGAACUACUCCUGCAUAGUACAAACGGUGGGCGGCUUGAACGUGGACCCCGGGAGACACGUGGAGGUGGUGUGUCAGGCUGGUAUCUACCACGGUGGUAAGUCGCUGUGUGAGCCCCAGAAGACUAUGGUGGCGGUGGUGUCGAGGGAAGGGGAGGCCCAGUGGGACGAAGAGCUCAAGUUUCCCAUACAGGUCUGCAACGUACCAAGAAUGGCGAGGCUCUGCUUCGUCAUAUACGAGAUAUCGAAGGCCAAGAACAAACGGAAAGCAAAGGGAAGUAAGGAUGCCAUAAACCGUCUCGCGUGGGCCAAUACCAUGAUAUUCGACUACAAGGAGCAGCUGCGCACGGACGGUGUGACGUUGUUCAUGUGGACGCACGUGGCCGAUGAGACCCAGGGAGACGAUCUCCUCCUCCAUCCUCUGGGGACGGUGGUCUCCAACCCCAACACGGACUCCUGCGCAGCCCUACAAGUACGCUUCUCCAACUACGACUGCCAAUACCCGAUACUGUUUCCGAAGCAAGAAGCUGUCAAGGCUUACGCGGAGCAGCUGGAGAACGCCUCACCGGAUGUAGCGACUAAACUAAGCGAGGACCUGGAGAAGCUGCGGCUGACAGCGGAAAGAGAUACCUUGUAUGAAAUACACGAGCAGGAGAAGAAAGGUAUUUGGGCGUCACGUGAGUAUUUCCGUUCCUGCGCCCCGGAGCUGCUUCCUAAGUUACUGUCGUGUGUGGAGUGGACGGAGCGUCGUGAGGCAGCCCGAGCGGCCCUCGCCCUCACCGCUUGGCCUCCCCUGAGGGUCGAAGCCGCCCUAGAGCUUUUGGACUACGCCUACGCUGAUGCGGCGGUCAGGAGCUUCGCCGUCAAUUGCCUGGCUAAGAUCAGUGAUGAAGACCUGCUGCUGUACCUCCUCCAGCUGGUGCAGGCCUUGAAGCACGAGUCGUAUUUGAUGUGUGAUCUCUCCGUGUUCCUAUUGCAACGAGCCUUCAACAACAUGACCAUAGGACACUAUCUGUUCUGGCAUUUACGGUCCGAGAUGCACGUGCCGUCGGUGUCGGUGAGGUUCGGCCUGGUGCUGGAGGCUUACUGUCGCGGUUGUCAAGACCACAUCAGCAGUCUCAUGAGGCAGAUAACCUGUCUGGAUAAACUAAAAUGGGCGAGCCAGUGUAUCCUCAAGAAAAAGGAGAUAGGCAAAGCUCGGGCGGCGCUCCAGCAGCACUUGGCCGAGCAGCACUGUGUCGACACGCUGGCUGACUUUGUGUCGCCCCUCACGCCCAGCCUCAUAUGCAAGAUGAUUAAACCGGAAAGAUGUCGCGUGAUGGACAGCAAGAUGCGGCCCUUACUGCUGGAGUUCUCCAACGUGGAUCCCACCGGGAGUGACGUCCGCAUCAUACUGAAGAUAGGCGACGACCUGCGGCAGGACAUGUUCACCUUACAGAUGCUGAGGAUCAUGGACCGCCUGUGGAAGAACGCCGGAUAUGAUUUUAGAUUGAAUCCCUACAACUGUAUAUCCAUGGAGUACGCGGUGGGGAUGAUCGAGGUGGUGGACGACGCGGAGACGGUCGCCAACAUACAGAAACAGAGCGCCCUGUUCAACGCGGCCUCCACUAUAUCCAAGGCCAAUCUAUUCCAAUGGCUGAGAAAGCAGAAUCCCACGGAGGAAUCCUUCAACAAGGCUGUGGAGGAAUUUACUAUGAGUUGUGCUGGGUAUUGUGUGGCGACGUACGUGCUGGGGAUAGCGGACAGGCAUCCCGAUAAUAUUAUGGUCAAGAAGAGCGGUCAGUUGUUCCACAUCGACUUCGGUCACUUCUUGGGCCACUUCAAGCAGAAGUACGGGUUCAAACGUGAGCGGGUCCCGUUCGUGUUGACCCACGACUUCAUACACGUCAUCAACAAGGGCCAAAGGGGCGGAGUUCACGACAUCGACUUCAAGAGGUUCAGGGAGCUCUGCGAGACGGCCUUCAUAAUCCUUCGGUCUCACGGUCACCUGAUCCUGUCCUUGUUCUCAAUGAUGAUCAGCACCGGUCUGCCGGAACUCAGCUCGGAGAAGGAUCUGCAAUACCUCAGGGAGACUCUGGUGAUGGAUCUAUCUAAGGAGAAGGCUAUGGAACACUUCCGCCUGAAGUUCGACGAGGCGGUGAAGAACUCCUGGACGGCCUCCUUCAACUGGGCCCUUCACAACUUUGACAAGAACAACUGACAGUGACCCAUGAGUCGGCGGCUCAAACGAGCGCCGUCCAAAUACUCGCCGCAGACACUCUAAAUAUCGACCUUAUGCUGAACAGAUAAGGUUCAAUAUAACAGACUCUGCCUGUGAACUUUGCCCGCUGAGGUUUAUAGUGAAUUUGGACUUUGUGGUUAGGUGUUAAGUUAUAUAAUUGAUUGGAAAUCGAGUGUGGGUCAAAUCUUGACGUUCGGAGCCAGGUUAGAGACCGUGUGGGAUGGAUGUCACAGGUCUCGACACACGUUUGUGACGUCACGCUAUAAACUUUAAGAUUUCAAGGUCGAGUUGAUUAAAAAAAUUUAGGAAAAAAGACAUAGACUUUGAGAAGCGUCGCAUGACGUUCAGACCACGCUCGGCCACGGCCUACAUGGAAACAUAUGAUGGCGUUUCCGCGAUAUUGAACUCUAUAGCGAUGCUGAUAAGGUUCAUGAGAUGUAUUGUUGAUGCUUAGACAAAUUAGUACUCCGGAUACAACGGGUCGCUUAAACGAUUAAUGUUCGAUAUGUUAUAAUAGUGCAAUGUUACCGGGUUAUAUUCACCGACAGCGCCGCGCGCCGCCGGCUCCUAGUGGACUGUUGAUGUGUUAACAUAGACACAGACACACGGCUGGCCCACAUGUACGGAGAUCCGGUGGCCGCAGGACUCGCUCAACUAAUAUAUAUAUAUAAUGUCGGUGUAGGUCGGCUCGUAGUCGCAUCGCAAGUAGCGAUUUCUUUAGUAUAUCGUAGAAAAAUGACGCACACAAGUGUAACUAACAAACACAUGUACGAGAUGAUUAGUUUAAAAUGUUAUAAGUGAAGUGGAUAUCACAAUUAUGAUAAUACUAAUUAAAUUUAUAGUUCUCUGCUAUUGUAACGUUAGCCGUGCAUGUGGCGGUGGGUGGCAGGUGGUAGAGGUAGGUGGUGGGUGAGAGCGGUGGUCGUUUGGCUGUGAUAAAGGAGUACGGUACAUUUGUAUGUUUGUAUGUUUUGAUGUUUCUAAAUUUAUUAUUAUUAUUAUUAUAAUUUUAUUUAAUAUAUAAUUUUGGAGGGUAGUCCGACAUCGGUGGAAGGUCGAGUCCGCGGCGUGAGAAAGACUGAUUAUUAAGUGCCGAUGCAGGCGCCCGGCUCGGGAUGUUCGGAGCGGAGUUAUCGUCUGUAUAGUACGUUUAGUUGUAAUUAUUGCUAUUAUUGACACUUGGUUUGGGUUCGCGCGCCACCGCCUCUCGUCUGUCCGCGCGCCCUCGUGGCGAGCGUUAGCUUAUGUUAGUGUAGCAGUAUUAUGUUGUGUCGUUGAGACUGUAGAGUAACGUUCGUUUCUAAGUUCAGGCUACCUCAUGGUGCGUGUGCUGGUCGCAGUAAAUAUAGUUAGGUCGUCCGUUCAUUGGACGCUUGUUUUGAGCGUUUUGUUUAUUAUUAUUAUUAUUUUUUUUUAUUUAAUACCAGUUACUACCAGUCGCUAGUUUUUUUUUAUUGUAAUUAUAUAUUAGUGAUUCAUCUUCGUUCAGAAGUAAUGGCUGCUUCAUGAUACAAUAAGUCGUUGAAUACGGUAUGCGGUGAAUGAAGCGGAACUUGAUAACACAUACACACAUAACACACAUACACACAUACACACAUAACACACAUACACACAUAACACACAUAUACACAUACAUCUAUCUAACAAAAGUCUUUCUGUACGUCUGUGUAAUGAGUCCGACUGUUCCCAGUUGUUUAAUCACUUAACGCAUAACUUUGUACAUGUUUAUCUGUCUGUCAACCGAAGUACCUCCUAAAUCGUUUCAAGAAUUUUGCAAUAUCUGCGCAUAUCUUUAUUAUCUAAUAAACUUCGAGGCUUAGCUGAGCGUUACUUCAGUGGGGUCAAUGUUAUUUAUAAUUAUAAAACUGUUUGUAGUUAGUAUUCCAGAAUAUUCGAUACAGUUCCGCGGAACAUCACAGAAUUCUUAUCACAAGUUUUCAUAGUCACACUACGUACUGCGUUUUCAAGUCUAUCGUUUAUAAAUAAUGGGACAUACUAGCGUUAACGCAGGUCGCUGAUUGAAAAACGACAAACGCUUCGUUUAUCGUGCGACAACGCGAACUAUAUAAUGGUAAGCAUAUUAUCCGAUACCGAUUUCUUACUCUCGAAUUAAAAUAUAUUCAUGCAUGCAUUAACACUUCCGGAAUCAACGUAGAAAUGUUUAGUUUAAAAACACAGAGUCCGCGCGGAAGAAGUGAAACUUCGUAAUGUUGGAAUGAAAACAGGAAGCGGUAGAAAUAGGUUUUUAAAGAAUUUUUAGUGUUUCUUUAAGACAAACUUUAUUAACAUUACUUACAAGUCACAGUUGAUUGAGCCCAUGCGUUCGAGCGACACGCAUUCCCUCUCUCUCUGUGUCUUUUCAUCCCCCCCACACCGAGCGUUAAACGUUAAACGCAACCUUGUCGGAAGUCGCAUAAGAAGUUUCACUUCAAAAGAAUGAUAUAUGCUUUACAUUAUAUAUCUACACUUUAGCAAUUUUUUACUUUAGGUUUGCUUCGUGUAAUAUAAUCUUGAAAUCAGAUACAGUAAUACGAAAAUUAUAUAAAAAAUAACAUAACCAAAAAUAAACAAUUAUUAGUUGUUCAGCAUCAAUCUACGAAGUGAGUGAGGACAUAAUGUAUGCGUUCAUUGGCUCUUAUCAGUUGAAUUAACAUGAUAGAGGAACUUCUCUCUGAAAUUAAACUCAAUAUUAUAUCGUACAGAUUAAAUUAUACGCAGUUCGUUAUACUAUAAUAAAUAAAUAAGAUAAUAUGAUAAAAUUUGUUGGAAAUCCCUUCAAGUGUUCUAGCGACUUCAUCCCGUAUACUGUUAAGGAAGACGUCAUUACAUAAAAUAAUCGGUAAUGUAGUGCGGAAGCAAUAAAAAAGGUAGUUAAUUAAUAAAAUACUAUAUAUUAAUAUUAACAAACACAACUUCCGGUAUCUCAUUAACAUAUUAUAUCUAAUAAUUGAGAAUAAUUUUAAUGAAAUAGCUCCUAGUCGGUGAGGGCGUGUACAUGUGUGUGUGACGCACCGAGACACUACACGUGUAUACUAUCACACCCACAUACAAACGAAACUGUUAGCUGUCGUGGUGUAGUGGAUAGAACAGAAUCUUCCCGCGCAGUGCUAAAUAACUGUUAAUUAGUACACGAACUACGUUUGUGUAAUGUAAAUAAUGACAUAUUUAUGUAAAAUAUCUCGCAUACGUGAGCUUAUAGUCCGUAGAAAAUACAAAAUGGCGGAUGUAAAAGUUUUCUCAACUCACAAAUAAAUUACAGUGAGAUCUAAACGCAUGGUGGAGUUGAGACACUGAACGUUUAGUUUUGUUAAGUAUGAAAGCAUGAUUCCAAUUUAAGUAGCCGGCUUGAUAUAUUCACCAAAUAAUGCGCGUCGUAGCGAUGCGUAUUCUAGAUGUAAGGUUAUUGUUGAAUCAUCGGAUUAUGUGUGUAGUACAAUCGCAUUUCCCUAUCUAGAGAUUCAAUACAAAACCUGUACACGGAUGAAGUAAUGCAUUUCUAUAUUUAAACAUAUAAUCCGAUGAAAGUUUGCGAUGUAUGAGAGAGUAUGUUAGCCUAGGCAUUUAAAUUAAGAAUACCAUACGUCUCGAGUCUAUAUACAAUAGUUCCUUUGUCAUGUGUCAUUUGUAAUCAUAUAAAUAAAGGAUAUUAUUCAUUUAAAUAUUGUAUAAAUUACCCAAUAAUUAAUUGCUAUCUCAAAUAUGUUUUUUUUUUUUUUGAAUAAACAUUUACAUUCUUAAA